UGCAGGGGAGUGCAGAGACACUGGGAGAGGACUAAAACACUCACACACACUCACACACGCACAGACACGCACUCGGCACACACGCCACACGCACUCGGAGGAGAAAGACGCACGAAGCGAGGAAGAGGAAGACGAAGCAGAAGGAGGAGAAAGAGAAGAAGAGGAACCAGACCAGGGCGGACCGAAGGGGGCCAGAAACUCACCAGGUAUGGCGGCGGUGUUGCCGAGAACCCUGGGUGAGCUGCAGCUCUACAGGAUCCUGCAGCGAGCAAACCUGCUCUACUACUACGAGGCGUUCAUCCAGCAGGGCGGCGACGACGUGCAGCAGCUGUGCGAGGCCGGCGAGGAGGAGUUCCUAGAGAUCAUGGCCCUCGUCGGCAUGGCCAGCAAGCCGCUGCACGUGCGCCGUCUGCAGAAGGCGCUACGUGACUGGGUCACCAACCCGGCCAUCUUCAACCAGCCGCUCACCUCGCUGCCCGUCUGCAGCAUCCCCGUCUACAAGCUGCCCGAGGGCUCGCCCACGCUGCUCAGCGCUCAGGACCGAGCCAACACCGCCAGCGUCAAGAUGCCCAAGGCCGUCGCAGCCGCCUGCUCAGAUCCAGGGAAGCUGGACGUGGCGCGGGACAAAGUGUCGGCCGGGUCGCCCCUGCAGGGCGGCAGCGAGGCGCGGUUCUGGUCGGGCCACAGCAACGACAGCGAGCACAGCCUGUCCCCGUCAGACCUCGGCUCCCCGUCCUCACCCAGAGACGCUCUGGAGGCUCUGGAUGCUGCGGCCGUCCAGUCCGUCCUGGAGUGCGUGGACCGGAUGGCGCCUGGACUCCCUAAGACAGAUCUGGCCGAGGUCAAAGAGCAGCUGAAGAACAACAAAAAGCUCGCCAAGAUGAUCGGGCACAUCUUCGAAAUGAGCGACGAUGACCCGCGGAGGGAGGAGGAGAUCCGUAAAUACAGCGCCAUCUACGGACGCUUUGACUCCAAGAGGCGGGACGGCAAACACCUGACUCUGCACGAGCUGACGGUGAACGAGGCGGCGGCUCAGCUCUGUAUGAGGGACAUGGCUCUGCUGACACGUCGGGACGAGCUGUUCGGACUCGCCCGGCAGAUUUCCAGAGAGGUCACCUACAAAUACACCUACCGCACCAGCAAGUCUCGCUGUGGAGACAGAGACGAGCCGUCCCCCAAAAGGAUAAAAACAGAGGAGAACUUCUUCGACAUCCAGGAGGCGCUGCAGGCCAUCCACAUGAGGCAGGAGAUGCUGAGGGAGCAGCUGGCCUGCGCCAAGUUGAAAGGAGAGGAAACGGUCGGGCGAAAUCUGCAGAUGCAGCUGGAGCGUCUGCUGGCGAGGCAGAUGGAGAUCCUGCAGGACGCCGCCGUUCAGGAGCGACUCCAGGCUCUGGACUGGAGGAUCCCCCCCGCCGCUUUAAAGUACCUCAACGACGCCCAGAACACUAACGGAGCCGCCGCCGACGCCAGCAGAGACAACCCAGACGAACGUCCGAUCAACUUGCGGGUGGUUAGUCAAAGCAUGCAGGAAGGCGACCUCCCAUUGGGCAAGCAGCUAGCCAAUGAACUGAAGCGUCAUCACAAUAGCAACCACAACAACAACAACAACAACAACAACACAGACGAGACCAAAACACCAGCAACAGAAAACGGGACGUCGCAGCGGGCGACCAGCAACGCAGAGAAGAAGAUCAUCAAGUCAGAGCCCGAAGACUCCACAUAGUGCCUCCCUCCCACCACCCCACCCCCCCAUUCAUUCUACUCACACCUGACAGUAUGCAGUUAUUACCCGUCAAUAGAUACUAAGCAAGCACAGCCACAGUAGAGCCUUAACAACCAAUGUUGCCUCAUGAAUAGCAUUUAUUUUUUUUUAAUUUUGUCUUUUUGUUUUGUUUAGUUUUUUUGUUUGUUUUUGGUUUAAAAGGUAUUUGCCAAAGCACCUAGAGAGCAUGUCGAGAAGCGCCUCAGUGCUCUACAGGUCUUUGUCUGUUGGUUAAUUGUACGUGUCAGAUGUACAUGUAAUUUAAGAGCGAUCGGUUGCAGACGUGUUUAUACUCUUUACCUCCGCCUGGGUGUUUUUCUUUCUUUGCUUUCUUUGGACAGCCAGGUCGCAGGAGGAUGUGAGCGCGGGGAUGAGUCUUAACUCAAACGUAGAUUCAGAGAUGAGACAAAAAGCAGAAAUGUUGGUCUUGUUGCUGACACUUAAUAUGACUACCACACAGACAAAUAUUUUAAAGUCUCUUUCACUGGUUUAUAUUUCAAACCCGAAGCUGCAGGUGCUGCAAGUAUUCAAUCUGAAAUUUUUAAAUUCCAGAAUAUUUCAAGCGUCUGUUUCUUCUUCAGACUUUUAGCAGAACUAGCACUCUGGAGAUUGCACUUUGUUCCAGACUGAAAUAUAUUGAUAAAUAUUGGAUGAAUUGCAUUUAGAUUUAAUGCAGACAUCCAUGGUCAAAUGUAUAUUACCCUAAUAUUAAUAGCACAUUUUUAAGGCGUUUGUAAUGAAUUUUUAAAACACUUGUGCUCAUUUACAACCAUUUUUAUGAGAACACAAGGUGCUAAUUGAUGCUUUCAGUUGGUGACCUGUACAUACGAGCAUAUAUGAACAUUUACUGUCAUAAAUAUAAAAGACAAACACAUAUUAAUGGUAGUCAUACAAAGUGUUAGCUAAUCUUGAGAAAUGUAAUUGCCUGUAUGUUUCCGAAAAUUCACAAGCCGUUCUCACGACUCAAUAAGCCAACUGUAAUCUUUGAGAAGAAGAAGCAACUUUCCAGCAAUAGCAACAGAUGGAGCAGCGUUUUGCUGGUGGCUCGUGGUCGUUUUCCUGGCCGUCACCACGCCUCCUCUGAGCCUCCGUCAUUCUCCCAAAUCCAACGUAGGUGUCUGCAUUUGUACUGUAACUCCAAAAACAAAAGUCUAGAAGUACUGUAGGGAGAGUGAGUUAGGAUUCAGCCCCUGUAGCAGGUUAGCGUUUCUGUUGUGUUUAAUCCUUCCUUCCUCGCUCUUGUCUUGUGUAUAUUUAUGGGAAGUAAUUUAAGAAGAGGAUGUAUAGGAGCUGUUGUGGAAUAACAGCAGGGGACAUCUGUCAUUCGUUUUGGCAGGAUGGCUGGGCUGGCAUGCCGGAGGCCGAGCUAAUUGGUUCAUUUCACUUUGUAAUUUAGCAAAACACUGCUGUUGAACCAAAACCAUGCAUCUACAAACAGGGAGUAUUUCAGGAAUCAAGACGCCUGUGUGUUUUUUAGAAGUAAUCCAACGAGCUUUCAGGAGGCCUCACGGGUCGUAAAAUCCACUCAGUGUGAAAACUGUCAACUGCAGACAAUAAAACAUUAAAGAUUGCAGGUUUGUGGUUUUUCAACAACAGCAGCAAAAAGCAAAAUUCCUGUUUAUUGCUGUUCUUCACGGAGCAGCGGCCUGGGUUCUGUAAAUAGUACCAUGAUAACAAAUAGUGCUAGCCUAAUCUCUCAACCAGGGUUUUCCUUUGUCAAGUGUAACUUUGCUGUAGAUUUUUGGUGUCAAUACGGUGUUUAUGUAUGUAGAGCAACAUCAAAAAAAGAAACCUUACGUGUCAUUGAGGAAAAAAUACAACAGUGUGAAAGUGUCUGGUGUAUAAAAACAUGCUUUACAUGAUGAUAAUGUUAAUUAGCCUUAGCUCUUAACAGUUUUUAAUCCACCUGUGAUGGCCAUCAGUGCAUAUUUCAAAGAUGUGUUUUUGCUGUUUAGAGGUAGAUACAUAACAAAUAAGUGUUCGCUGUGUGUUCGUGUGUUCGCCACAUUGUGUAAAUACGUCCGUUUGGUCUUAACUCCCUGCAGAUAGUUUAGUCUCACUCAGCGUAAUGACAGACCAAUGCAAUAUUUAUGUAAGUAAUAAGUCUAUUUGCAUACUGUAUGGAUCCAUCGUUGUGUCAUGUGCUCAGUAACUGUACGUCUGUCGUCACCUACAACGUGGGAAAUGUUUGUAUUUGUUGUCUCACUUUUAGUGCACAGAGCACUGUGUUGUAUUUAAAGGCAUUGUGCUCUCUUCAUGAAAAUCCAUGAGGUUGUUUUGUUUCAAGCCGCCACGCUGGCAAAAAAAAAAAAAAGAAAAAGAACAAGGAUUUGAGGCCGUGAUCUGUCGUAGAACUCAAGUUUAUGGCAUCAUCUAAAGCGGCUGGUGGAUUGUGGGAGUAAAGCCGAACACUGGCCUCGUGAGCGUCGUACCAUGUUUCAGAGAAUAGCGCAUGUCUGACCUUCCGUCUCACUGAUCACCGUUCUCCUCACUGUUUAUUGUAAAGUGAUAGAUUAGGCUUCACCUAGUUAUGCACCUGUUUUUUAAACACUAAUAUAUUUUAUUUGUUAUACAGCACAUAAACAUUAAACUUUAUUUUUUUGAACUCUA